AUGUUCACCUUAAGGAGGGGACUGGCAGCAUCACGAGGCCUCCGGGGGUUUUCAACAAAGCCCCUUCUGAUUCCGCCAGCCAACCUUUCUGAGGGAGAGAAACUAAUAUAUGACAAAUUGGCCGACAAAUUUUUGCCAACUGAACUAGCCGUGCAGGACAUCUCAGGAGGCUGUGGUGACUUCUAUGCCAUCAACAUAGCAAGUGAGGCAUUUAAAGGCCUUUCAACGUUGAACCAGCAUCGACUUGUCACACGAGUACUGAAACAAGAAAUUGAAGGAAUUCAUGGGUUGCAGGUCUGGCGUCGCUGUAAUUUACCAUGGAGGUUUACUGACACAUGA